AUGAAGGCUGUCCUCCUCACCCUGCUGGCCAUUGGUUUGGCCCUGCGGCCAGGCACUGCCCUGCGGUGCUUCUCCUGCAAGGCCCGGGCGAGCAACCACGAUUGCCAGCAUGUGCGGAACUGCACUGACUCCGAGACCUACUGCCGGACCGAGCACAUCCGUGCUGUUGGCAACAUGACGGUCAUUAGCAAGGGCUGCAGCUCACACUGUGUGGAGGACUCGCAGAGCUACUCCGUGGGCAAGAAGAACAUCACGUGUUGCUCCACUGACCUGUGCAACGCCAACGGGGCCCACGCCCUGCAGCCAGCUGCUGUCACCCUUGCACUGCUCACCGCUUCCGGUGGCCUGCUGCUCUGGGGCCCCAGCAGGCUGUAG